CCCUCGGCCACAAGGACCUACUGAACGUCCGAGACCACACCGAAACUUGCCAUCCGACUUUCGAAACUUUGUUUCCUUCCUACAGCCUUACUGUUCUCUUUCAGUCGUGUUUUAUGUCGUUGCGACUUUUAACCAACAUUCAAACAAACCAACUAGACCACGUUAUCUUUUAUUUUUUUAUUUUUUUAUUCUUUUGCCUCGACUCGACUAAAAACAUAACAUAAUCACCACCUACUUUCCCCGCGCGCCCCUUGACCUAGACAACGACUGCAUCCGUGUGCCACAACCCAAGAUCGUGCUGCUUUCCGCGGCCCACCCACAUCGCCCAACAUGGUUUCCGCAGAGCGCCAACAGAUCAUCGAGACAAACAAGUCACUACGUCUCAUUAAGAAUGAACUCGAAUCCCUCCUCGACAAGGGAGUCAUAACCGAGGACGCCUACGACUCCAUCCACACCCUGCUUCCCGCCGAGGGCACUCUCGGCCGGCGCAACGCCGAGGCCGCGACGCCGGCGUCGUCCUCGAGCACCCCGGCCCCCGCAGCAGCGGCCACGCGCGCCCCGCCGCCCGCCGACGACCUCGCCAACCUCAGCAUCAACGACAACCACGCCACGCCGCCCUCGUACGCCCAGAGCAACCCCGGCGCCACCGCCGGCAGCAGGCCGCCUCCCCCGCCUCCCCCCACCAAGCCCGUCCUCUGCCACGCCCGAGCCCUGUACGCCUACCCGGGCAGCGACGUCCGGGACUGCGCCUUUGAGCGCGAUGACAGGAUCGCCGUGCAUGAGUACAUGAACCCCGACUGGUGGAUGGGCCGCAACCUGCGCACCGGCCGCGAGGGCAUCUUCCCCCGCAACUACGUCGAGCCCGAGCCCGUCAACGACAGCUACGCCAACGAAAAGUCGGCCGGCUACAACGCCUACAACGCCGGCCCGCCCCAGGGCCAAGCCGGCGGCUACUACGGCGGCGGCGGCUACCCCCCGCAGCAGCAGCAGCACAACCCCAACCCUUACAACAACCCGGCACCGCCCAUGGCCAUCGCGAACCCCCAGCCCGCCCAGCCCGAGGCUCAACAAGCCCAGCAGCCCGCUGAGGGAGGCGGCAGCAAGAUGGGAGAGAUGGGCAAGAAGAUUGGAGGAAAGUUCGGAAACGCGGCAAUCUUUGGUGCAGGUGCGACGUUCGGAGGUAACAUUGUCAACUCUAUCUUCUAGGCGAACUGUAUAUUCAAUCUGGGGUUGUUUCUUUCUCAUGGGAUGAGAUUUCUUUCUUUGGCCAUGUUUUGACUAUAUUGGUGUCGACUAUGUGAAUUUCCUUUCUCUCAGUGGGAUGGCCCCCACAGGUGCGGGACAAAGAUAGUAGAUCGCAUCAACACCUUUCUCUGUGGCGUUGGGUUCUGUAAUUCAAGUUUACUUUUUCUCUCAAGAUGAGCGCAAUCGCAGCACUAUUCUCACCUCCG